AUGAUUAAAAAGCGUGGGAGAGAGGAUCCGAGCGAGCUGGCCUCCCAGCUAGUUUCAUUGCCCAAACGCUCCAAAGCGGCGGCAAAACUCGUCACGGAAAUUUCACCUGACAGCCAGGCGGCUUCAAAUGGCGAUGCCAUUAAAGGUGCAGAAGAUGCUACCAGCAAAGAAGAAGAUGAGGAAGAGGAAGACGAUGAUUAUACAUCUUCGUCCGGCACAUCAUCCCCGUCAUCUUCCUCUGACGAAGAAGACCAAAGUGAUGAUGAGGAUACCGGAGAGACAGACACAAAACAUGGCGAUGAAGAUGUCAUUACUUAUGUCCCUGGACGACCGAAACCAAAAAUACAGCGGACGAACCCACUGGGCCACUCGGGCCUCAUGUCGAGGAUUUCGUCCUUUUUGCCGCAGUUACAAGCGGCAAAUGUCGAUCUUGAACAGAAACUCGCCGGCGGCGAUACCAAAGAUAUUAUCAUGGAUGACGCGCGUGAUGACGAGGAACAGUAUAUCGAAAUGAAUCUCGGGUUGGGUGUGUUGAAGGAGAAAAGAGACGAUGACAGCAGCGACAGCCAGGAUGAUACAUCAGAUAGUGAUGACCACGAGGCUCAUGAAAAUGCAACAGAGACGGGCGAAGGCCAUGUCAUGGCUCGGCUACUGGGAAUCAAACCUCGGUCAAAGGAAGAGGCGCCGCCGGGCAUUCGAGAGGUCGAAGAUGGGUGA